AUGGAUCUGGUCAACCACCUCGAAGGUCGCCUGCUCUUCGCCGUGCCCAAAAAGGGUCGGUUGAACCAGACGGCGCUCAACUUGCUCGAGGGUGCCGACAUUCAAUUCCGCCGCGAGAACCGCCUCGAUAUCGCUCUCGUCAAGAACCUCCCCAUUGCGCUCAUAUUCCUACCCGCAGCCGACAUCCCCACCUUUGUCGGCCAAGGUCGCGUCGACCUCGGCAUCACUGGCUGGGACCAGGUCCAGGAACAUGAUGCCGCUGUCCGCGGAGACUCCACCCCUACCGAGGGCGCCAGCGACGCCUCCGGCUGCGAUAUGGUCAUGGAGCUGGGCUUUGGCGGCUGCCGUCUGCAGGUUCAGGUCCCGGAGAAAGGCAAAUACGUCACGAGCCGAGACCUGAUCGGCCGCACCAUUGGCACCAGCUUCGUCAACUUGACCGCCGACUACUUCGCCAAGCUCGAGGCAGAGGCAGGCCAGGCCCCGUCUGAGGGCUCUACUAGAAAGCUGCGCACCAAGAUCGUGGAGCUGAGCGGCAGCGUCGAGGCAGCCUGCGCGCUAGGUGUUGCUGAUGGCAUCGUGGACCUCGUCGAAUCGGGCGAGACCAUGCGCGCGGCUGGCCUCAAGGCAAUCGACACCGUUGUUGACUCCACUGCAGUCCUGGUGAAGUCAAGAUCGCCCUCGAACCCAGAAAUGCUCGACCUUAUCGCGUCGCGAAUCCGUGGCGUCAUCACGGCCCAGAAAUACGUUCUCUGCCAGUACAACAUCGAGCGAUCGAGGCUUCCGGAGGCAACCAAGAUCACCCCGGGGAAGCGAGCUCCCACAGUGACAACGCUGGACGCGAAUGGAUGGGUCGCUGUCAGCUCCAUGGUGGAAAAGAAGAAGAUUGCCCUGGUCAUGGACGACUUGACCCGGGUUGGUGCGCACGACGUGCUGGUUCUCGACAUUCACAACACUCGAUGA